UUACAGAUAAAAGUAAAGUGACUCAUCUAAGAUUCAUUGUUAAGUUUAUUUAUUUAUAAUGAUUAUGACAUCAUCCUUGAAGCUUCGUGACUUGGUACACAAUGCAAGUGCACAUUUAAUCACGUGACCGGAAUUCUAUUCUCGAGUGAUAAGCAUCGAAAAGGACACAUCUGCUGCACUUAUCCAAGCCGUUCCGAGGAGAGCGCCCGUAUGUCGAGUCCAACCUCGCCCUGUGUCCCUUGACAGACGUUUACCCAAAGCGGUCGAACAGUUCAGUUAUGACACUGAGAUAUCCUGUUUGUUUGGUUAGGACAUCGUCGGUAUGAUGAGUGUGGGGACAGAUCAGCGCCAUGCACGGCAACAAGUGGACAGAAUUAGUAUAACACUGGUCUCUUUCCAAGUCGCGUGUCCUUGUGCCCAUCAUUCACAGGUGCCGACGGCAGGAUAAUCAGAGGUCCUCGAACGAGGAAUAGUCACCGAUCAUCGCCUGACCGGACCCACGUUGAAGGCAAGAAAGACAUGACAACACCAAUUAUCCCGCUUCUUCCAUUUAACCCACCAAACUAUGACAUGCAGCCAAGACAGUCAAUGACGGUACCCCGCGUUACCAUGACGACAGCUAUCACUGUGGGCUGCAUCAUCACUUCUUGCAUCUUAAUAGCAGUGCUUGUGGCCGCCAUACUCAAACAAAAACGAUCCAGAAUGCAGAGGAAGGGUAAAGAUUCCCCUACCAAGGGAGACAACCCCGCUGGUAACACAGAGAAGCCAUUGGUCGACGCCGACAUCUACUCUGAGAUCGAACCUAAAGGUUCGUCUUGCUGUUUCUGCUUUUGUAAGACGUCGACGUAUUCCAUGUCGCCGAACGACACCGCUGACAACAUAUAUGCUGAAGUUCAGGACGUGAAACCCUACCCAACCCCAGGCCCGGCGAAGGAAGUCAUAUACGAAACACUUGAUGGCAAGGAAUGGUCAAGAUCAAGACAAAAUUCGGACACGUCCAGGGAAGAAUCUAAAGCUGCGCCCUUCAUCUAUGAUCAUUUGAGUUUCCAGGAACUAGAGAGACUGAACAGGGAAAAUGGGGAUUUGGAUACUGAAAAGAAAACAUUGAAGAAAGUUGAUGCUGAUCAACCGUCCUGUGGGUAUGACCGUUUGGACAGAAGUCCUCAGAACUUGUCAGCAUCAGAUGGUCUGGACAAUCCGGACGGUAACAAUAACAGCUUGGUCCGACGUCUCAGUCAGCGACAGAUUCUAAAGAAACUCUUCGCAGUCGACAUAGAAGGCAUACAACGCAGUAGACUUUCACCAACGAACAGUCAGGCUUCUUCCAACAAAGAUUCAGCUUCUCAACCUACAGGUUUCGUACCAGCAGUUGGGCACGAGUACUUUGUCCUGGAAGAUGUCUGCGAACUCCGCAACGACCGACGUCCCAAGCCUCCCGUCCCUAUCCGGACGUGCUCCCUCAGGUCCUCUCUACACGGGGACAGGUGCGUCAGCAUACCGCGAGGGCGUGGCCACGGGGGCGUGGACAAUGGAAGAAGGGUCAGGUCCUUUCCAGAACGCCAGGGCUGCUUUCGUUCAAAUGAAACCCCUGAUACAAUCAGUGUCGUUUCUUCAGAAGCUGUGUAUAAUAUUUCAAGUGGACAUGCUCUGAGAUUCAGCUCCCACUCCCGUCCUAUAGAAGCUGAUGUUAGUUUGAGGAGUCCAAGAAAUGAUUACUUUGUGCUGGAGCCUACAUUUACAAAUUGUUCUUCGUCUUCCCGGAGCUUUGCUUCUCAAAGUGACAGCCAGUCCGAUGACCGGGAUAACGUCUCGACAGCAUCUCGCCAUCUACCCAGAAAUGACUAUUUUGUGCUGGAGUCUGAAACGGAACAAACAGUUUCAAGAGGAACGACAUUUCGUAUUGUGGAAGGAGAUGCAUCCGCUGGGGACGUUGUUCGUCGUCCCUGUAGCCAAACAGGACACGGUGCAGUGCAGGGGCAGAGGGACAGCUACGGCGUAACCGUUGUCAGGUUACUUGAUUCCGGAAAUGACGACACGUCUCGUGACAGUGAGGAAAGCUUAUACGACAGGCUUCGAUUUAAAUCUGUAUCCCACAAAACGAAAAAGGAGUAUCGACCAAGAUUAUUAUCAACUCCAAACAACAUUGAGUUUUGAUUGAAAUACUCCAGGCUCCUGAUACUGGGAUGAUUUUAGUAAUCUUCUAACACCUCAAAAUCAGCGAGUUACAAUUAACUUUUACCGUGGUCAUCAGGCCCCGUCUCUUCGUAACACGAGCCACAGGCUACGCCAUAAGUUGUGCCCAGCUUUACAAUAACUAAAGUUGAAUCCCCGAGUCAAGUAGCUUUGUAUUAUACGCAUACAUAUUUAGAUAUCACUAUUCAAAAAUGAUGUCAAUGCCACCAUAUAUGCCAAUCCUAAUAUAUUUGUAAAUAAAUGCAAGACAAUAGCGUUAAAUUUACCCCUUGACCUACAUGUUUACCUUUGACCUUUUAGUCCUCGGGAGAUCUGAAAUCUGAGUAUAUGAUAACCAUAUAAGGUCAAAACAAAUAUGGAAUCUGUCAUGAAACCCUAAGGUGACACUACCCACUGAACGCCGACGAUAGUUGAAGUGACAUUUGGUUCAUGAGUUAAACGAUUAUAUUCAGCCACAAUCCCAUUGCUCGUUUCACAUUUAAUAAUGCCUCGACAUCUUGACCCUUUUAGCGUACACCUGGUGUUAUCCGCAAUCGUUAGUGAUCCAUUUAUAGAGAAUUUUCAUCGCAGUUUCGCCCAAUGGAAUCUGAUUCCAGACUGGUUAUUCUCUGGCGUUGAGUGAGUGAGUGAGUUUGGUUUAACGCCGCUUUUAACAGUAUUCCAGUUAUAUCACGGCGUGUCAGCUUAAUGUUGGAGGAA